CUACUUGGGUUGAUAGGUAUUAGUAGUUGCAACUAUGGCACAGCCACUUCCAUUCCUCGAGUUUCAGCAUUCAACAUCCAACUUCCAUCUCUACUAAAUACCUACUUUAUUCUAAUUCCAUCAGAACAUCAUCAAAAUCACAACAUCCGGUCAUCCAUAGGCCAUCCAUAAUACACACAAUAUAUGCGCAUUACUACCGAAAACAUGACUCUAUUACAGAGGCUACCAGUGUUCCUAACUCUUACAUCUACUCUCCGUGUUGUCCUAGGUAACCCCACGACUCUUAAUCCAAUCUCCACCAUCGCCGACGAUGAAGAUGACACGCCUCUACCAGUCGUGAUCUGGCACGGCCUCGGCGAUACCUUCUCAGCCGAGGGUUUACAGUCCGUCGGCGGGCUAGUCGAGAAGAUCAACCCAGGCACAUUCGUCUACUACGUACGCCUCGACGAGAGCCCAUCCAACGACCGCACUGCGACCUUCUACGGCAACGUGACGGAGCAGAUCGCAAAGGUAUGCGACGAUCUUGCCGCGCACCCCAUUCUCUCGACUGCGCCCGCCAUCGACGCCAUCGGCUUUAGCCAGGGUGGCCAGUUUCUACGGGCCUACGUCGAGCGCUGUAACUUCCCACCAGUCCGGACGCUCGUCACGUUUGGAAGCCAGCAUAACGGUAUCGUUGACUACAAAGCCUGUUCGGCGGCUGAUUGGUUGUGUAAGGGCGCGAUGGCGUUGCUGCAUGGAAAUACGUGGAGCUCGUGGGUGCAGAGCCGGCUCGUUCCUGCGCAGUACUUCCGCGACCCCAACGAUUUAGAUAACUACCUCGAGUACUCAAACCUCCUAGCGGACAUCAACAACGAGCGGGAAAAGAAGAAUGAGACCUACGCCAAGAACAUUGCGAAUCUCGAGAACUUUGUACUAUAUGUCUUCGAAGACGAUACAACUGUCAUCCCGAAGGAGACGAGCUGGUUCGAAGAGGUCAAUGGUACUGAGGUUACGCCACUGAGGGCUCGGAAACUGUAUACUGAAGAUUGGAUUGGUCUGAGGGCUCUCGAUAAGAAAGGAGGGUUAAAGUUCAAGACUACCCCAGGCGAACACAUGCAAAUAUCGGAUGAAGUGCUGGAAGAUACUUUUAGCGAGUUCUUCGGUCCCUUCAAGAGUAGCGCUCCGAAGGAUGACCAAGAACCAGAUGAGCUGUAAUUGUUGAGCACGUGUAUGUUCAGUGUAUAAACUACGAGUUAGGAUUAGGCACAGGGGGUAUCGGGGGGUUUUUUUUAAAAAAAAAAAAUAAUAAAUAAAAUAAAUCGAGUGUUCAUGCUAUAAGC